AUGGCACGGUCAGCUUUAACUAUAUGCUGUAGGAGAUUGGCUAGCAGCCGUAUCGCCACCUGUACAAGACCUAUAGCCUUCAGGAAUGGGCAAACGAAUCGAUAUUCUUCUAGUAGUAGUGGCAGCUUGCCAUCUCCAAUACCCACCAUAGAGACAUCCACACCGACACGGGCAUCAUAUUCUAGACGGCCUCCCAUCAUCAGAUCACCACCACGCUCCGAAAUAAUAAUACCUGACCCUGCCAACAUCGACAUCAAGCAUCAACACGAAAACGAUGCACUAACACCCGUAAACCACAUGAAGCUUCUUACGACAGAGGACACGCCAAACCAAAAAACCGAUAAUAUGAUAUAUUUCGCAGUCUUCGCAUCCUCCAUGGUGUUUUACAUCUACAUGAUCGUCACUCAUGUACCCGAGAUUCAGUCGCUGAUACCAGACGACUUUAGACCCAUGAUGGUACAAGAAGUCAUACCAUUAACCCAUGACUCGAUGCUCAUGAGGUUUUGUACCGAUAUGCCGAUAGCAAGGAGAGCACCAUGGGAUGAAAAGGGAAUACCGAUUCCAUCCCAUGUGGUGAUUAAAGAUCAUACUUGCGAGAUUGGACGCAAGUAUACUCCUGUAACUUAUGCAACCAAUCACUUUGAUGUGGUGGUUAAGGUGUAUCCGGAAGGGUCUGUUAGUCGGUUCUUAGGAAAGCAGUUGGCGGGUGAUAAGGUGUACAUAAGAGGCCCGUUAGUCAGUAUGCCGUAUGAGUCUAAUAUGGCUGAUGAAAUUGGAAUGAUUGCUGGUGGAACUGGUAUCACUCCCAUGUAUCAACUCAUCAAACGGAUACUACGAAAUCCAGAUGAGAGAACUCGAAUCACACUACUAUAUGGAUCCAAGUCAGAAAAGGACAUCCUGCUACACAAUGAGCUGGAAAUCCUACAAUCCGCUCAUCCUGAUCGCUUUAAAGUACACUAUAUAGUAGAUGAGCCAUUAGAAGCUACAGAAUGGAAGGGUGAACGAGGCUUUGUGUCUCAAGCCAUGAUUCAAAAGUACAUGCCUCCGCCGACACUACAGAAGUCUCUAGUGCUUGUUUGUGGACCUGAAGGGAUGGUGAGGCAUGUUGCUGGGACAAAGAGAAGCGAGGAAUCUCAAGGCCCGAUUAGCGGGAUACUCGGACAACUGGGAUAUGGGCAGAAUCAGGUCUUCAAGUUCUGA